AUGGCGACCAUCACUGAAGAGCCGAUAGUGGCAAUCCCGGUCGAUACUCCUACGAAGAAUUCGAGCCACGACUCCGCUGUGGAGUUGUUGAAAGAGUUGCAGGACCUUCGCGCGAGAAUUCAAAGUCUCGAACAAAGCAAUGCUAAGAUAACCGAGAAAGCUGCAAACGAUAAGGGUGAUAACGACCACAGUCGUGAUGACUCUACAUCCAGCGAUGCAGAGGACGAAGAACCCAAGCAUUACCCUUGUGAUGACUCCGAUGAUGUUAUUAUGGAUCUCCGUUACGUGAAAUGGAAUGAGUUCAAGACGAUGUACGCCGAGGAAAAACGUCAUGUCAUCGACGUCUUGGAAGGCCCUGCGCAGUACUGCUGGCAACAAACCGAAAGAAUCAUCCGUCGCUUCGGUAACUUUGCCCUGAUCAGGGGUGAGGAGGGCGAAAAUACAUCAGAAGGAGACCCAAAGCCCAAAACAGAUACCGGUGGCGCCGAAGACGAUCUCCCAGAGCGUAUUCGAAUUAACUCCAGUCUUCUAGCGUCCCUUCUGAAGGAUAUUGUUUCCCGAAUUGAUCAGUCUGCCCCGUUUGUCGUGUUACGCCCAUACAAAAUACUCGUCGGAUACGACCAGGAGAUACGCGAGCGGCAUCGACAGCUCGCAGCUAAAUGGCGAAUAGGGAGUGGGCAUGAGGAGCUCGAUGACCCUACACUUCUAGAGCCAGGUAAAGAGCCAAUUGAUUCUCGUCAAGCCUUUCGCGCACUCGACUGCCUUGUCAGUUUCAUGGAUCGUCAUCUCAGUCCGGUAAUAAGCCGUCAUCGUGCUCUACUAAAUAACUUCACUCCAAGCCCAUCGACACUUGACCCAACAAUCUCUUUCAGCAAUCUAUGGUACCUAUUCCACCCAGGUAUGCAGGUGGUUUGUUGGUUCACUCCGGAGCAAAGUGCACCACAUGUCCAGCCAACCAAUCGUCCAAGUAUUUGGAAAGUACUGCAGGUCUCUGAAGGACGACCAGUCUUGGACUCCAACUACUCUGGAAGGGUUAAUCAUUUUAUCAUUCGACUUUAUAAGAUUGGAUAUGAUGGGGAGCGGUUCGGUGUGCUCUCACGAGACUUCCAUCUUCCUCACUUCAGUGGAGAGCGCUCGAUUCGGUCUUUGGGGAUAGUCCCGACUCGAUUUGUGGACGACUACCAAGCGCUGCGCGAUAAGUUGUUGAAGCAAGGCGAGCUCUUUGCUACUUUCGCCACCCCACAACAUCGUUUCUAUUCAGGAUCCACCCUAACGUGUCAUGUGGAUGGCGCAUCCUGCCCGGGGAGUUUUAACAGGCGGACCGACUACAUAAAGGGUAAUAUCAUUGUUGAUUUCAAAACAGCCCGCAACGAAGACCAGGAGUGGGUGCCCAGCUUGUCAAUUCCCAGUACCAUGGGAGGAACAGGAAGUGAAGUUUCAGAAACUUUGUAUGUCCGAGUGCUAGCGAACCGUGAGACUAAGGACUAUAUUCGAUCUUUUUCCGAAGCGAUCUACGACGACGACUGGGUGGAUGCAGAGUUAACCAAGGACUUCAUUCGCGAUGAUGCCUUCCUGGCUCGGCAAGAAUCUGCCCCAGAACAGCAAGUAACCAGGAAGGAAGUGUGGAGCGAUGAUGAGCUUGUUAUGAUGCCCGACCGUGCUUGCGCAUGGGAUCUUCAUCGCCGUCGGUGGGCACUUUGCGAUCUCGAACGCAUGCGUCCUCUCUACGCACAGGUGAAGCGCCAUUUUGCAGAUAGGAAGUCGAAAGAGGACGGAGAAAGCCAGCAAGUUGAUCCUGAUGUGGUCAGAGGAAAAGGAGAAGGCCUUAUCAUCUUGCUCCACGGUGAGCCGGGUGUAGGCAAGACGUCGACUGCUGAAUGUAUGGCGGCUUGGCUUGAAAGACCACUGUAUCCGAUCACCUGCGGUGACUUGGGAACAAGCGCGGAAGUAGUGGAAGACAAGCUAAAUCGUAUAUCCGCCCAGGCUGAGGCGUGGAAUUGCGUCCUGCUACUGGAUGAAGCCGAUGUCUUCCUUGCGGCGCGCAGCAAAACGGAGUUGGAAAGAAAUGCAAUUGUUUCAGUGUUCUUGCGAGUACUAGAAUACUACAAAGGCUUAUUGUUCCUCACCACCAAUCGAGUGGGCUCCUUCGAUGAAGCCUUCGUCUCUCGCAUCCACCUGGCCCUCUACUACCCCGGGCUCAACAAAGGCCAGAACCACGCCAUCUGGGAAAUGAAUUUGGAAAAAGCCAAAGCGCGAAAGACGUCAUUGACCAUCGACAUGGACCCCAUCCUGGAGUGGGCUGAUGCAAACUGGGAGCAGAACAGUAAAUCCAGAACGCGCUGGAACGGGCGACAGAUCCGCAACGGAUGCCAAACUGCCAUCGCGCUGGCGGAAUUCGAGGCCGAAGAAACGUCCAAGCCAGUGUUCCUGCAGGUUAAGCACGUCCAGCAAGUAGCAGCUGCAUCCAAGGAAUUCUACGACUACGUCUCGCGGGUCCUCGGAGCUGACAUGGCGCAUCGGGCUUUUGUUGAACGCCUACGAUUAGACGACUGGCCGUCCAAUAUGCCAGCCGAUCGGGACUUGUACAGAGUAUCUUCCAACUAUAGCCCAUCGAUUCGGGCUCCGGAGGACAUCACGUCGCCUCCGAGAAACCGACGUCGCGGCGGUGGCCGAGCAAAUGAUCUCAUAAGUAGCUCUGGUGGAGGAGGCGCUCCUCGAACCGCCAAUGUCCAUCAUCAGUGGCAAGCUGGUAGACAUGACGAAUUUGAUGAAUUGGCCUUCCAAUCGCCUCAGAGGCACCGGAUGCAGAGGACUCCAGAAACUACUGGGCGCGGCAUGUCGGACAUACAUGGCCUGCCAUAUGAUGAUGAGGAUGAAUUUCCUGAUGAUUUUGAGUAA